AUGGCUGAUCAAUUAACUGAGGAGCAAAUUGCUGAGUUCAAGGAGGCAUUCUCCCUCUUCGAUAAGGACGGAGAUGGUACCAUCACCACCAAAGAAUUGGGAACCGUCAUGCGAUCCCUCGGACAAAACCCUACUGAAGCUGAGCUUCAGGAUAUGAUCAACGAGGUCGAUGCUGAUGGAAACGGAACUAUUGAUUUCCCCGAAUUCCUUACUAUGAUGGCUCGUAAGAUGAAAGAUACUGAUAGUGAAGAAGAAAUCCGUGAGGCUUUCAGAGUUUUUGAUAAGGACGGCAACGGAUUCAUCUCUGCUGCUGAACUUCGUCACGUCAUGACUAACUUGGGAGAGAAACUUACCGAUGAGGAAGUCGAUGAAAUGAUUCGUGAAGCUGAUAUUGAUGGAGAUGGACAAGUCAACUACGAAGAAUUCGUGACGAUGAUGACCACGAAGUAA